AUGAAUUAUUUUUGAAAGAAAUUAUCAAUGAAAGAUUUUCGCUUACAUUUAUUUAUACACAAGAAUCGAGAUAAAUAUUUUCCCAUCUAUUUUAUCCAAGCUCUAAAGCCUCCUAAAUAUCAAUCUCUCUUAUUAAUAUCGAAAUGGCAUCAUUUUUAUAAUAAAAAAUCCCGAAUCCCUGGAUUACAACCUAUUCUAUUUUGGCCCAUAUUUUGGGCUAAACUGCUAUAA